CCCUCCUCUGCCGCCGCCAUCUUGGACCGGGCCCGGUCAGCUUCCGCGGAGCCAUCGGCAGACGCCGCGGCCUCCCUUGAGCCCCGACCCCGGUCGUCAGAACAACCCCGGGCCCACUCCCCCCACCCCACUUCCGCUUCGCGCCGCUAUCGCGAUAGCGCCCGGGCCCGGGGCGCGAGAAAAAGGCGGCGGGCGCUCGCCUCCCCCGCCUGUCGCGAUACACUCCUCAGCGGCGGCGCCAGCUCCUGUGUAGCGUCCUUCUCCACGAGAGUAUGAAGAGAGUGCGUCUGUAGGGCAGGGAAGAUGGCGGACAAGCGCAAACUCCAAGGUGAGAUUGAUCGCUGCCUCAAGAAGGUGUCCGAGGGCGUGGAGCAGUUUGAAGAUAUUUGGCAGAAGCUCCACAAUGCAGCCAACGCGAACCAGAAAGAAAAGUAUGAGGCUGACCUAAAGAAGGAGAUUAAGAAGCUACAAAGGCUGAGGGACCAGAUCAAGACAUGGGUAGCGUCCAAUGAGAUCAAAGACAAGAGGCAGCUUAUAGACAACCGCAAGCUCAUUGAGACGCAAAUGGAACGGUUCAAGGUUGUGGAACGAGAGACCAAAACCAAAGCUUACAGCAAGGAGGGCCUUGGCCUGGCCCAGAAGGUGGACCCUGCCCAGAAGGAAAAGGAAGAGGUUGGCCAGUGGCUCACAAAUACCAUCGACACUCUAAACAUGCAGGUGGACCAGUUUGAGAGUGAAGUGGAGUCACUGUCUGUGCAGACGCGCAAGAAGAAGGGUGACAAGGAUCAGAAGCAGGACCGGAUCGAGGGCUUGAAGCGGCAUAUCGAGAAGCACCGCUACCACGUGCGCAUGUUGGAGACCAUCCUGCGCAUGCUGGACAAUGACUCCAUCCUCGUGGAUGCCAUCCGCAAGAUCAAGGACGAUGUAGAGUACUAUGUUGACUCAUCCCAGGACCCUGACUUCGAGGAGAAUGAGUUCCUAUAUGACGACCUGGACCUCGAGGACAUUCCACAGGCGCUGGUCGCCACCUCCCCCCCAAGCCACAGCCACAUGGAGGAUGAAAUCUUCAACCAGUCUAGCAGCACACCCACCUCAACCACCUCCAGCUCUCCCAUCCCGCCCAGCCCGGCCAACUGUACCACGGAGAACUCCGAAGAUGAUAAGAAGAGGGGACGCUCGACGGAUAGUGAAGUCAGCCAGUCUCCAGCCAAAAACGGCUCCAAGCCUGUCCACAGCAACCAGCACCCUCAGUCCCCAGCUGUGCCACCCUCCUACCCCUCCGGCCCCCCGACUGCUGCCUCUUCCUUGAGCACCACCCCUGGCAACAAUGGGGCCCCCUCUCCAGCAGCACCCCCAAGUGCCCUGGGCCCCAAGGCCAGUCCAGCUCCCAGCCACAACUCGGGCACCCCCACCCCCUACGCCCAGGCUGUGGCCCCGCCCGUCCCCAGUGGGCCCAGCACCACCCAGCCCCGGCCCCCCAGCGUCCAGCCUAGCGGGGGAGGCAGCGGAGGUGGCGGAGGCGGAGGGAGCGGCAGCAAUAGUAAUAGCAGUACAGGUGGAGGUGCUGCCAAGCAGAAUGGUGCCACCAGUUACAGCUCAGUUGUGGCAGACAGCCCGGCAGAGGUGGCUUUGAGCAGCAGCGGAGGCAGCAACGCCAGCAGCCAGGCUUUGGGCCUCCCCUCUGGCACCCACAACCCACCUCCCAGCACCUCGAAGGAACCCAGUGCAGCAGCCUCAACAGGGACUGGGGGUGUGGCCCCAGGCUCAGGAAACAACUCAGGGGGAUCCAGCCUCCUGGUGCCACUUCCUGUGAAUCCCCCCAGUUCCCCAACGCCCAGCUUCAGUGAGGCCAAGGCAGCUGGUGCCCUGCUCAAUGGGCCCCCACAGUUCAGCACUGCUCCAGAGAUCAAGGCUCCCGAGCCUCUGAGCUCCUUGAAGUCCAUGGCAGAGCGGGCAGCCAUCAGCUCUGGCAUUGAGGACCCUGUGCCAACGCUGCACCUGACUGAGCGAGCCCCACCCCUCCCCACAGACAUCAUUCUGAGCAGCACAUCGGCACCUCCGGCCUCGGCCCAGCCACCCCUGCAGCUGUCAGAGGUGAACAUACCGCUGUCACUAGGCGUGUGUCCACUGGGGCCUGUGCCCCUCACCAAGGAGCAGCUCUACCAGCAGGCCAUGGAAGAGGCUGCCUGGCACCACAUGCCCCACCCCUCUGACUCGGAGCGUAUCCGGCAGUAUCUCCCCCGGAACCCCUGUCCAACGCCUCCCUACCACCACCAGAUGCCACCCCCACAUUCAGACACCGUGGAGUUCUACCAGCGCUUGUCCACCGAGACGCUCUUCUUCAUCUUCUACUAUCUGGAGGGCACUAAGGCACAGUACCUGGCAGCCAAGGCCCUAAAGAAGCAGUCAUGGCGAUUCCACACCAAGUAUAUGAUGUGGUUCCAGAGGCACGAGGAGCCCAAGACCAUCACAGAUGAGUUCGAGCAGGGCACCUACAUCUACUUUGACUACGAGAAGUGGGGCCAGCGGAAGAAGGAAGGCUUCACCUUUGAGUAUCGCUACCUGGAGGACCGGGACCUCCAGUGACACCGGCCCCUCCCUCCGCCUGACCCCCUCCCACCCGCAUGCUGAUCCCCCUGCCCAGGUGAGGGCCCUGCCCUGGAAGACUGGGGGAAGCCCCAAGCCAUGGGGCAUCCCUCUCCCCCAGAAAGCAGGGAGGGGGCUGGGAGGUUUUCUCUUCCUCUCAGCCCCAUCCUGGGGGCCCAGGGGCGAGGGCUGCCCCCUCCUCCUCCCCUUCCCCUCCCCAGUGAGGGACAUUUUUUGGUAAACCUAUUUUCAUUUUGGAAAAUAUUUAUGAAUAAAUAGUUUUAUAUGACGGCUGGCAGCAACAGCCUCUCC